GUUUAGCUGACGGAACUCCAACAUAGAACAGGAAGUUCUUCUACAUGACAGAGACGAUACAAGGGUGCAAAUAACAACAACUCACGCUGGGAGUACUUUCAAUUUUAAAUAUUAGGUAAUAUCAACGCUAUUUCUGUUUUGUUGUCAACGUAGAAAACUGAAUAUCCUAAUAGCUUGCGUUUGACUGCAAACCGUGCAUUGCUAGCACCGUAGCUGCUACAAAGUUGUAAACACAACAGUACAAGAGCAAAGAACAUUGGGCUAACUUCUGAAGAUUAAGUGGACAUAGACUAUAGCAUUCAUUAACAAAUUACUACAUCCAAUCCAAUGAUAUGUAGUUUUUAUCUAAGGGCAACCACCCCUGUUUAAAACCCUUAUCUUAGCAGUGCCUAAAAUAUAGGCUAUGGACAGACUAUGUUAAAGUAUGGCCAUUCACUCCUAAUCAGGGCUCCUACAAGAAAUAUGGCUCUCGCAGAACCCUGUGACAUUUGAUGGUGUUUGAACAUGUCUUCUUCUGAUGGAUUUUAUUCACCUCCCCCGUGGAAUGUUACGGAACACCCGACUGUGUCCUCAUCCGAUGUGCCGCUGCCCUGUCCUAGCGAACAGUCCAGCCAGUCUUCAGCAGCUGUGCAACAGGUGCCGAAGAGGAGCUGCUGUAAUGAAGCGACGGAAGAGUUUUCAAAUGAACAGCCAGUCACGGACACGCAACACGCUGUUCCCCCAUAUGCUCAUUUACAGCAAACAAAAACUGUAAUCCACCUAGCGCAGGACCCGGACACAGCUACCUGCGAUGGUGACCUAAGCUCACCAGUGCCCCCCACAGAGCAUUACUAUGCACCUAUAAGCUCGGACAACACCCCUUUGGAAUUACAUGAUGUACCAGCCUCAUGCAGUUUACCCAUGUGUCACAGCACAGUCAAAACAGUCAGUCUGGAACCCCCACAGCAGAUUUCUCUAGCAUUUGGGAACCGUACAGAGGAUGUAUUGGACCAUAGGGUGUUUUCAUCAUGUGUAAGCGAAGCUGGCACAAGUGGGAAAACAGUCCAACCUGUCCUGCAUGAACUGACUGCUGUUGGUGUAUCAGUUGAGGAAGGCCAGUUGUCUUGUGCUGGAGAUAGCUAUUUGGAGGUGGCCGUUCACAAUGUUAGUAAAACUACAAUGGUGGACUGCUUAAUGCCUUUCUCCGACAAGGAACCCCUUCCCGUGAGUGAAAUAAGAGAUCCAAACAUGGCAUGUCCACCCAGCGAACCUUUAACCAAGAAUGAGAUGCAAACAGACUGCCGUGUAACUUCAGAAGCCACAGACAACAGUGCCAAGGAAAAAACACACAGACACUUAACAGACACAGCUGCACUCAUCCCUGAGCAACAGUUGCUAACGCGUACCGACUCAGCCAAAGCAGGAGGAGCACUUGGCAGCCCGGAAAGCCCAAGUGCCUCCUGCUCAAUCCGUGCACCAGACAGCCCACAGCAGUGUUUCCCAGUGCUGCUACAGACAUCCGUCCCCACCCUCUUGCGUCCUCAGCCUAAUCAUGGUGACAUGCUGGAACAAGGGUUGACCGCUGCAGAGUCUGUGCAGAGUGACAAGACGGUGAGCAUUUCACCCGGCGAAGCAGUUGAGAGGGUGUCAAACAAAAAUGUGUGCUUCCAGCAGGUACAAGCAGCUGAUUGUUGUGCUCAAGAUACCCAUGAAGCUCCAUGUUCAUGGUCUUCCCAUGCGGAAAGUGAAUGUGGACCAGCGGAGUCAGAUAAGAUCACUGUGGUGUUAAAGAAUAUGCUGCCUUCAAGCAGGUCACCCUCCAGAUCUGGCGGUAUAUCAACACAGAUGGUUCUCAAAGGAUCUGGCACGAUCACAGAGAAGUUGGAAAGAAAUUCGACUGAAAAUGGGAUGGUGUUGAAUAGCGAGACGUCUGUGUUGUUGUCUGGUGUGCCUGGCGCAGAUAGGGCAGCCGUCCCACCUGGGCUGCGUGAGGAAACAGUCGCUGGCCCUCCUGAGGAGAAUGUGGCUCAGGGGCCUUGUCUGUCCUCUUCAGGAAAAAGCCCUCCGCAGGUGACGGUUCAGGGAGCUUUGGAAAACCAAACGUUACCACACUUGGAGAAAGAAAACACGCAACCACAUGCCUUCUCUGAAGGACCUGAUUUCCACAGGGCAUUGCCAGAUAUAGCACUGUUGACCAAUCAUAAGGAAGACGCUGUGGUAGCUUCAGGAACUGAGGCUACGAAUGGAGAAAAUCCAAACAGCAAGGAGAGCUCAAUUAGCCAUCAGCAAUACUCCCAGGUGAGCACGAGUUUACCUGCAUCAGAAGGAGUACCUUACAGCUUCAGAAGGAAAAGGCGGUGGGGCCCCAGUACCAUUCCUGUAACGUGCAGCCCAAAGCCACGCCAGCCAGCACAGCAGCAGUCAUCCAACCCUUCCUGUUCACCAGCAGGCAUUGGGGAGUCUGUAAUAACGGCCUCUAAUGCUAUCACAACUUUGCCUGCAGAAAUGAACACUGAGGACUCCAAUAGACACUGUGUUGAAAUUGUGUUUACUUCAACCGGAGAAGAUAUUGUGGAGACGUCACGGAAAAAUGUGUGCUCACAGCUCACAGAAAUGGUGUUCUGCGAUGCACAGGACACACACAAAUCAGCAGAACUGAACAGGGCCUGCCUGAAUAUUAAUUCUGAGACUUCAACAGACUGUCGGUUUGUGUCAGAACAAAAAGAUAAGAGUGCCAAAGACGAUGGCUCAAUAAGCCACCAGGAACACUUGCAGGUGAACACCAGUUUACCUGUGUCAGAAGGAGUACCUUACAGCUUCAGAAGGAAAAGGCGGUGGGGCCCCAGUACCAUUCCUGUAACGUGCAGCCCAAAGCAACGCCAGCCAGCACAGCAGCAGACAUCCAACCCCUCUUGUUCACCAGCGGAGGUUGGCCAUGAUGAGUGUGUGUUAAUGGCACACGUGGCUGGCCAAGACACAUUUGCAGUCAUGCCUGAUUCUGGACUAGACACAGUAGCUGUAACGCCGGUGCCAGAGGAAACGACUACAGCAGACUAUGUGGCAAACGGGGAUCACAGUGUGUUGACAUCAGCUGUGGAAGAUAUUGUGGAGGGAACGGAAAAGAACGGGUGUUCACAGUCUGCAGAAGCUGUGUUCUGUCCUUUAACCCCUCACAACAGUUCUAUUGAUUCACAUAGAGACUUGCACACACUAGCUGCCAAGCCCACAGACCCCAGUGCCACAGGUGACCCAAACUGCAAAGACAACUCGCAGAAGGGCCCACUCUCCCAGGUGAGCACGAGUUUACCUGUGUCAGAAGGAGUUCCUUACAGCUUCAGAAGGAAAAGGCGAUGGGGCCCCAGUACCAUUCCUGUAACGUGCAGCCCAAAGCCACGCCAGCCAGCACAGCAGCAGUCAUCCAACCCUUCCUGUUCACCAGCAGGCAUUGGGGAGUCUGUAAUAACGGCCUCUAAUGCUAUCACAACUGUGUUGACCUCUGAGGACCUGAAGACAUGCUGUGAUAAAACUGGGGAGACAUCAGAACAAAAAGAAUGCUCAGAACUUGCAUUUCACCAUGCACAGGAGACACACAAAUCAGCAGAACUGAACAGGGUCUGUCUGGAUGUCAAUUAUGGGACUUCCACAGACUGUCGGUUUGCUUCACAAGCAACAGAUUCGAAUGCCAAAGAUGACGGCUCAAUAAGCAACCAGGAACAAUCGCAGGUCAGCACGAGUUUACCUGUGUCAGAAGGAGUACCUUACAGCUUCAGAAGGAAAAGACGGUGGGGCCCUAGUACCAUUCCUGUAACGUGCAGCCCAAAGCAACAACAGCAGACAUCCAACACCCCAGAGGAAAACUCCAGCCUGGCUUCAACUGCCCAUGAUGUCCCUGUCAAGAAGAAGCGAGGGAGGCAGAGGAAGGGUGUACACCUUACCGACGUGGAUCAGAUGCCCGCUGUGAUGGGAGAGACUGAUGAGGGAGGUGACAGCGAUUCCCCUGUGGUCUGCAACAGUGCCAUGCCUCAGCACCACAAACCGAAGAGUCCAGGUGUCAGUCUGGCUUCAAAAUGCUGCCGUACCAAAAGAGCUGCAGUAACGGCAGAAACUGCCGUGGUGGCUGAAAUGGCAAGAGAAGCGACGAUUGCAUUGGGAGAUGACAUGACUGGCCAUGAGUGUAGCAGCUCUGUGUCUGCACAACCUCCUGCAUCUACGGAUCCUCCCCAGCCACUAGAGUUGCUGACCUCAUCUUCGCCGGACAGCUCACUCGAGCAGAUCCUGCAGGAUGAUCUGAUGCCCCUGACCCCUCUCUCUCUACCUGACGAGGAGGAAGAGGAGGACGGGGAAGAGCCAGAUGAAGAUGAAGAGCUCCCAAGCUUUCUGGAGAGGAAACCCUUCUGCGUCACCGAGGGCUUGUGUGUCUGGUGUAAAUUCCGGAAGUACCCUUGCUGGCCUGCUGUGGUGAAGAGUGUGAACCACAAGAACAAGAAAGCCAGCAUUGUGUUUAUUGAUGCCUUUUUGUUAGAUGAAAAUAGAGUCAGAAAAGGUCUCACAGUGUCCCUGAAGACAUUGAAACCCUUCAACUGUGAGGAUGCAGAGGAGCUUGCGAAGCAGGGAAGAGAGUUGUAUGGUGAUGCUGUCACAUGGUGUCUGGACCUCAUCUACGACUACAGAAUACGCAUUGGUUGCGGGUCUUUCUCCGGCUCCUUCAUAGAGUAUUUUGCGAACGACAUCAGUUCUCCACUAAGGAACAAGUAUGCUCAAGGAUCGUCUGAUCUCACCUUCCCCACAAUCGUGGAUGACCAGUGCGACAGCUCAUCGGAGGAGGAGAACGCAGCAGACCAUGUCGGCGAAUAUCCACACAAAAAACUGCUGCCAGACCGCUCUAAGGCUGCACGCCACCGAGCCAAUGAGAAGCUGGUGGACUUCAUUGUGAGGAAGCGGGGUGCAGAGAGGCGUCUCCUGGGUGUGAUCAGUGGGCGGGAGACGUCCAAGUGGCUGCGUGCACUUCAGAAGGCCAGUCGCUUCGUGGUGGACCCUUACCUGGAGGACGAGGAGCAGGUGGACAAGGUGUACCGCUACCUGGAUGAUCUCCUUAAGACCAGCCCCCAGACCAUGCCCUGCCUGGCCAGCCUGGAGAGGAUCCCCCUCAUCCUGGAUGUGCUGCUGCCAGAGGCUCUUAUCUGUGCCAUCGCUGGAGUGGAGGAAUUAACCUUGGAAAAGGCUGAAGAAAAAUACCAGAAAGGCCCCUGCAUUAGUAAACGGGAAAAGCAGGAGUUCAACAUGAAGAUUGAACAGCUCAUGAAAACCUUUAGUUUUUAGUUAGAUGAGUUCAGUCUAUGAAUUUGUAUCAGGUGUUGGGGGCGAGCAAGGUUUACUAAUGUUCCACGCUGAGAUCUGCUACUCUCCUUGCCAUCCUUUACACUGCCACCAAAGAUUUUCUUCGUAGAGUAAGAAGAUUCAAACUGCCCACCCAAUGAAAAGGAGUGUGCUCAAGUUCAGUCUCCUAAGGGGGCGUUGUCCUAGCCUGGUCAUGACCAUCCAAUAAUACUACCAUUUCAUUUCGUAUUCAUGGGGUGCAUCCCAAUAUGUGACCUUGCCUCCUCCACUUGUGCUUGUCUCCUCGUCCCGCCUCCUGGCCCCUCCUCCGUGGAGAAAACGAUAAAGUUUCCCAGCUGUCAGCCUCGCCACAACAACUUUUGAGGGACUGUUUUUCAUUCACCAUCCCAAUUGCAAAUGAUAAAAAGACUUUACAAUUGAGCUUUUGCAAGAUAUUGAAAUAUAAUGCUGUUGUCAGUGAUGUCAUCAUGACGGGAAGCAAGUGGAGGAGGCAAGGUCACAUAUUAAAAUGCACUCAUGGUCUGGAGGUUGUUUGAUCUGACGCGAUAGCAGGAAGCGGGAAGAACAUUUUCUGAAAAAUUAGGAUAAGUUGUUGAACAAACAUGUCUGACGUCUAUCUUUGGCGAUGUAGGACCGUUUAACAAACAUGUCUGACAGAACAUCCUACCGUAGAAAACGGGUAAUGAGGUAGUGCGGAGCCAAGUCCCUUGACAGAUGUAUGUAGGAUAGUGCGCGAGGCUAGCGUUGUCCCCUCCUCCUUCUUCUCUUUCUGUGGCAUUUGGUGACGACUUGCAUAAGAUGUGCGCUAGCCUACCGCCAUCUCAACCUAAAGCCUCCAAAGGUCUCCUUAUUGCAGGUCUCCUACAGGGGCGUUCACAUGACAUCACAUGGAUCCAGGAUUACACAGGCUUGAAUCAUCUUACUCUACUCUCUUUGCUGGCACGUCCACAGCCUGUGCAGGGCGAGAGAAUGUAUGGCUACAAGGGGGGUGUUCCUUCACGUGUCAUAUACUUACAUGUUUUAUAUUAAAAUGGAUGUUUAAUUUCACAAGUAUUUACCUAAAGUUUCAAUUUAAUUAAACUGUGGUGUUGUUCAAUAUCUGUUGUCCAAUACCUGGAUUUUACUGGAAAGGAGAGGCUGGAGCACACUGCAGCUUAGUUUUCAAGACUUUAUUUUGUGCACACAGAGAUGUCUGUCCCACUGUGAUGCACCUGCAAGUGAGGGAUGACGUGUAGAGUCCCAAUUCUACCUGGAUUUUACUGACUGCUUAUUUUUCUUUGAAGCAACAAAGACAGUGGAAUGCCUGUUGAGCCAUCUGGAGACUUAACAGGAGAAAACAAAAAGAUUUGCUCAUCUCCAAAAGUCACACAUUGAAAACCCUUUUAUGAUCAUUCAUUUAGGAAUAGAUCCCCCCCCCCAUGUUUUUCAGUAUGUAAUCAAAAUUAAAAUUGCUCCCUAAGGCAGUGUUUUUCAACAUCAUGUGGGGUCACCUGGAAUUCAAAUGGGGUCGGCUGAAAUGUCUCAAAGUUUGUGAAAGAAACAAUACUGCUAACUAGAAACGCACUCAGAGAGUGCAGACCUUCGCCAAGAAGCUAUUUGAUAGAACAUUUGACUAUGUUACACCCUAUUUUUUUCAAGCCUAUACCUAGUCUAUAGUCUAUACUUGUUUUUGUGGAGCUACAAAAUGAAAUGUUCCUUGUUCCUUUUGUCAUUUCCAACUCCACAAAGUUUCAUCAAAAUCCGUUCAUAACUUUUUGAGUGAUCUCACUGACAGUCAAACAGACAAACCAACACCACCGAAAACAUAACCUCCUUGGCCGAGGUAAUGACUAUUACUGAAAAUUAUAACAAAACUAUUCAAUAUUCUCUUUUGAAAUGCCAUUUACAAUCUUAGAGUGCCAUAAAUAUAUAUAGGUUUGAUACCCUACGACUUAUGUAGCUCAGACAUGUUUUUAUUUUUGUUAUGAAAAAAUGUGUAUGGGUUCCCCAGAAAUUUGGGAUGUCAAAAUGGGGUCCCAUGGCAAAAAAGACCAUUCCACAGCCCUAAGGAAACAGAGGUCUUUGAUAUUACCUCGGUAAGACCCAUUGCACAAUGUCCCAUAUAUUAGCAUAUACACAUUUACACAUAUCUUAUAUGUAGCCUUUAUUGCCAAGGUUGGGAACAUGAAAAAAAGAAUAAACUAAGUUGAAAA